GAUGCACUUGUGUUUUCACACGUGCAGAGUAUAAUGCAAUGUAUGAAACGUCGUAAGUUUUUGGUACAUGUCGCUUUAAAAAGCGCUGUGCUGCGCUAUUCAGACAGUCAGUUUCAUCCUCCAGUAUGCAGUGAGUAGUACCCGCGUGCUGGUGAGAACCACACUAAAGUUAUCACCACGGUAACCAGUCUCCACCAGUCUGCCUCCUCGCCCUUACGAAUCAUCGGGAGGCGCAUCUCUUCUAGCCACCUUCAUUGCCCGCGAAUACAAUCAUGGUGAAGCUGGGGAGCAAUCUGACGGGGAAACCGGAGCGGGACGAGGGGUGGAAAGUGGCGGGAGGCCAGCCGGGGGAGGACGGCUUCGACAGCAUCCCGCUGCUGACGCCGCUGGACGUGAGUCAGCUGCAGCCCCCGUUCCCGGAUAAGGUCAUUGUGAAAACAACAACUGAGUACCAGCUGCAGCAGAAGAAGAAGAAGAAGUUGUACGUUCCUGGAAUCAAGAAGCUGAACAUUAACCUCUACGACGAGGUGUCGGAGAAAGUGAAGCUCACAGGUCUGAUCCUGAUCACCAUGGCGUUUCUAGCCUGUCUGCUCCUUCUGGUCAUGUACAAAGCUCUAUGGUACGACCAGCUCAGCUGUCCCGAAGGAUUUGUAUUCAAGCAUAAGCACUGCACCCCCGCGGCCCUGGAGAUGUACUUCUCCCAGCAGGACUCCGCCCCGCGCGGCAGCCUGUACACCGCCAUCAGCCACCUGAGCCAGGCCAAGAGGACCAUCCCCGAGCUGCUGCCGUCGUCAUGGUUACCAGUCAUCAACGCUCUGAAGGACGCCGAGAAGGAGUCCGGCCACACCCACCAGUAGAGCCGGGAAAGUAAAUAAAUAAAUAAAUGAAUGAAAACAGUUUUCGAGCGAACGUGUGGGUAUACCUGUGUGUGUGUGUGUGGAACCACUGGGGUGGUUACACUUGUGAGGUGAAGCAGACUAGCUAAACAAGCUAGCAAAAAAUCUUGGUAGCCAGGAAGGCGUCUGUUUCAGAAGCUUGUGCAUGGGCAAUGUCGGGCGUAUGUGCGUGCGUGCGUGUGUGAGCGUGUGUGCGUGCGUGUCUAUAUAAAGGUAAUGCACGAUUCAAUGUCUUAGUAAAAGUCUUAUUUAAGUUGGAGAAGUUUUUUAACAACCAGCAAGUACUUUAAUCUGGAUUUUUCAUGUCAGCAAACAUUAAAGUCUGGAUUUUUGAAAGAAAGUGAUCAGAACCCCAGUAUCUUUUAAUGCCAUCUAAGAAAAAAGGAUAAAGAGUACUGAGUCACUCCAUAAAAAAUGUCAGAUCUGAACAAAACCAUGUGAUUCUUAAACAUAAUGUAAAUGUACUUUUACUAAAAGGGAAUGCUAGAAAUGCCAGGAGCUACAGUUUAAAAGAUAAAAGAUUAAAAGUAGUAUUCUCCAGAUUAUCACUGGGAAACAGACCAUGUUCAGUUUUUCCAUUACAUUUUGAAUACAUCGUGUAGAGAUGAUCUUAUCUGAACAAACUGCAAAAGCCUUACUAAAUGAUUCAUGAACAUUUUCUGUUGGUUUGUAGAGUAAGUUUCUGUGUUAAAUCCUGUACAGGGCUAUCCAAAUUUGAUAUGCUGGCUCUAUUUAAACCACAUGAGUAAUCUUAUUGAAUGUCUGCUUUAAUUUGUAAACUCUAUUGCCUAAAUACAUAGUUAUUAUACAGUAUUUUGUUAGGAAUACAUAGUCACGUGAAAGAAAAAAAACAAAAAAAAACAUGAUUGCAGUGCAGCAUUGGUAAUUGUGCUACAUGUUGAUUUUGUCUCCUGUUCAUCAAAUGCUUAUGACCUUUAGAACUCAGAGGUUAACAUAAGCAGCAAGAACUUUCCAGAAAAGGGCAGGACAUUUGACCGCCAUUUUGUUUUUUUGUUUUAGCGCAAUUAACCCUCAAUUUGUGCUGCCUUCACAGCAACAGCAUGUGCUCACAAGUUAAUGCAUAUUCGCUCAGCUACAAUCUGUUACUUUGGCAUCAGUAUUGUGCUAUACUCAGUAUUGAAUUACAUGAAUAUUGUAAUGUAUCGCAUUAGAUAUUAUAUAUUGCUAUGGUAGCUGAAUGCACUGAAGUAGCAAUGGAAAAAAUAUGGGGGAAGGUGUUGCAGUAUAACGAGGGACGUAAUGCAUGUACGUAAUACAUGGCCAGUAUGAAGUAAGACCUGUUAGUUGGCCUAUUUUCCCACACAUUUAACCUAUGAGAAAAACCUAACUGCAAACGCAAACGUUUAGAAAUUAUAACACAGAUGGUAAUUAGUGGGUCAUUAGAGCUAUUUGUCUUUAAUUAAAUCCAUCAUUUUUUAUGUUUGCCACAGCUCUGGCUUCUUCUCAUUAUUGUGGCAAUUAUAUCUUGUUUAUAUCUUAUCUGUUUUUUUGGGGAAGAUUAAUUGCAUCCACUCUGAUUGUCAGUGCAAACAACAGUUGGGUACGAGUAUUUAAAAAAAGAUAUUUUUUAUGAAUAACCUUGAGUUGAACCUCUGGUAUUUUAAUGAUCGUUUAGAUAAUGUAUGCUUAUGCUCUGUACAGAAUUAUGCAGAAUUAUUUCUCAGUUGUGUAUGUAAUAUUGUGUAAUAAUAUUAUUUUUGUUUUGUUUUUUGAAAAAUAGUAUUUCAAAGUACUUUAAGGGUUUUAUCUAAUUAUAUUGCAGGUUCACAUGAUAAAACUCACCUGCAGUCAUUCUCGUAUUGCUUAAAUUAUGGAGUAAACGGUGUUUGUGAUGCUGAAAUUAGAAUUUCAGUUUUGGAUCUGUGGGAUGAUAUACUGAAAUAUUUUGCACAGAAAGGCUUCAUGCAGUUGAUUUUUUAAACAUUAUUUCAAACUAAGGGGUAUACAUCUGCAUUUGCGUGUACUUGGGCAUAUCUUUUUCACAAAUGAGAUUUAGACAAUGUGCUUGUUUAUUUUGCCAUUGAUAUCAUGAAUAUUUUCUUGAACUAUUUAUAUUUGAUAUGUUUAUAUGUUGUUGCUGUGUUUAUAUUUUGGAGGCUUAAUUAUGGUAUUUGUAGAAGGCUGUAGGUGGGGGUCGUCCUGUUUCAACAUCAGAGCCUGUUGGAGUAAUUCCGAGUUGUGUAACUGUCGUGUUCUAUCUUCUUUUAUAUUCCAGAAUCUCAUCUUUCAAAGAAAUUGGCUCUUUUUUGUGGACACCUUCUUGUCAUUUUUCAGUAAAUGUGAUAUUUUCACAGUGCAGCCAGCACCAUCUCUUUUUUGUGGUGUCAAGUGCUAAAGUGCCAAAUUUAAUGCUGUGAUCAUCUGCUUUGUUGUUAAUGAGAAAAGAAAAAAUACACUUGAAUGUUCACCCUUU